AUGACACUAAGCCUAUUCAACCAGUUCCUAAGCCCCUCACUCAUAUGAACCCCCCUGGCAGCCAUUGCCCUGGCCCUACCCUGAGCCCUCUUUCCACGCCAAACAGCCCGCUGGGUCAACAACCGACUUCUCUCCCUCCAAAGCUGAUUCCUAGGCCAAUUUACACAACAAAUUUUCUUGCCUAUUAACAACCCCGGGCACAAAUGAGCACUACUCUUAGCCUCUUUAAUGCUCUUUUUAAUUACACUAAACACAACAGGCCUCCUACCAUACACCUUUACCCCCACCACACAACUAUCUAUAAACAUGGGCUUUGCUAUCCCGCUCUGACUGGCCACUGUAAUCCUCGGCCUAUGAACCCAACCUACCCAAGCCCUUGGCCACCUUCUGCCCGAAGGGACACCCACUCCGCUCAUCCCUGUCUUAAUUAUCAUUGAAACAAUCAGCCUAUUUAUCCGCCCCAUUGCUCUCGGGGUUCGACUCACCGCCAAUUUAACCGCAGGCCACCUCCUGAUCCAAUUAAUUUCCUCCGCAACUUCCGUCCUCCUUUCAAUCCUACCUGCAGUAGCAACUUUUACUAUUACCCUCCUGUUCCUCCUCACCCUUUUAGAAGUGGCAGUAGCCAUAAUCCAAGCAUAUGUUUUCGUCCUCCUCUUAAGCCUUUACCUACAAGAAAACGUCUA